CUAUUCCUCUCACUGUCUACUUCUUACUUACAAACUUUCUCUCCACUGAUUUACCAUGAGCAACUUCGAUCCAUCCACAGUGGCGGUCUAUGGUCUUGUCGCUGUUCUCCCGGUUGCGGGUGUCUGGUUGGUGAAGACGCUUAAUCAGAAGGACCCCGUGCCCGCUGUGAUCGGCUCCGGGGGCUGGGUCGAUUCGCUGAAGGCUGCGCGAUACUUCGAGGAGCAGCCGAUGGAGGUCGUCCAGAAGGGCUACGACGAGUACAAGGACGGCGUCUUCCGCAUCCCGCGUCGCUGGCGCUGGGAUUACGUUGUGACCGGUCCCCAGCGCAUCAAGGAAGUCAGCGGGGCUCCCUCGGAGGUUCUUUCUUUCAAUGACGGAUCAGGGGAGACGAUCCAAGCCAAAUACACCAUGGGAGCCGACCUCUUGAACAACGCGUACCAUGCCCUAGCCGUUCGGACGAGUCUGACGCGCAACUUGGGAAAGGUUUUCCCGGAGGUGCGGGACGAGAUCGAGUGUGCAAUUGAUGAAGUGUUUGCGUUGCAAGACGACGAAUGGAAACUGGUCCCGGUCAUGUCCUCCCUGAUGAAGGUGGUUGCUCGAACCAGCAAUCGUCUGUUUGUGGGAUUGCCCCUGUGCCGCAACGAUAAUUAUCUUGACUUGAACGUGAUCAACACAAUCGAGACCGUGACUCGAGGCCAGAAACUGAGCGCCUGGCCCGAAUUUCUUAAGCCGCUUGCCGCGCCUUUCAUUGUCACCAGGAUGAAACGUUUGCGGGAGAUGUUGGCAUUCGUCGGCCCAAUGAUCGAGGAGCGCAUUGCCAAGGAAGACGAACUUGGUCCCAACUAUGAGGGCAAACCCAAUGACUUGAUCUCCUGGCUCCUGGAACUUGCCGGCCCUGACGGAAGACACCCUGAGCCUAUUGCCGCUCGUAUUCUAUCCCUCAAUAUGGCUGCGAUUCACACGACGUCGAUGGCGCUGGCACAUGCUCUGUUCGAUGUAACUUCGCGCGAGGGCUAUCUCGAGCCGAUGCGUGAAGAGGCGGAGAACGUCAUCAGGGCGGAAGGGUGGACCAAGUCGGCUCUCAACAGCAUGCACAAGAUGGACAGCUUCAUCAGAGAGACCCAGCGCAUGCAGGGCAACGGACCCGUGACCAUGGCUCGCAAAGUCAUUCAUCCCGAUGGUUUCACUUUCUCCGACGGUGUCAAAGUCCCUUACGGCUCAUUCGUGUAUGUAUCUGGCAAACCCGUUCACUACGAUCCGAAAAUUCACGAGGAUCCCGAAGUGUUCAAAGGGUUCCGCUACUCCGAUCUUCGGGAAGCCAAGGCCGACAACCACACCGUCGAGGCAGGCAUAUUCAACAGCCACAUGGUCUCGACCAGCAUGGAACAUCUGUCUUUCGGCCACGGAAAGCACUCGUGCCCCGGCCGGUUCUUCGCUGCUACCGAGAUCAAGGCCAUGUUGGCCCACAUCCUCAUCAACUACGACAUCAAAGCCGCAGUGCCUGGUGUCCGCCCUCCCAAUGACGAGCAUGGAAUGAUGUCGUCGCCGAAUGGCACGGCCGGGAUCCUCAUCCGCAAACGUCAGCUGUAAUCUCCAUCCCUCGUGUCUGUGCAUAAUAGCCUAGUGACCAUAUACUCUCCUUUACAUCGACUGCUCAUCUUAGACACUUCUUCCAUAGUUCAUUGAAAUGUUCUCGCAUUCCUAUCUCACCCGUUUUCUCUGAGA